AUGGAUGUUGGUUUUUCUCGUUCUGCUGUUCAGACACUGUCAAGAAGCCACUGCAAAAACAUCAAACAAAAAAUUUCUCAGUGGGAAGGACGGACUAAUGGUUUAUCUAAUCCAGAUAAGUGGCACCGAAAGGACCUUGGAAUGAGAUAUAAUAACUGUCACCAGGAGAUUCUUCUUAAGAAGAAUUGUGUUGCUGAGGGAAAGAGCAAAAGGUUGGGUGUAACCAACUCUCAACAUGUUGGUCUAGAUAUUAAUGAAGAUGCCAAAAGCCGGGACCAAAGUGCAGAUGAAAGUGAGAAACAUGAAUGUAACGAUACUCACUUCUUUAAAAGUGAAUCAGAAUCCAACUGGGUAUGUUCAAGGGUCAAACAGAUUGAAAGCUGGAAAGAAGUUGCUUUGGAUCCAGAGACUUCGUUACCUCCAGGGAAUUUCUAUACCUCCCAGAUCCUGUGGAAGAAACUCAAGGCUCUUCCCCCGGAUAAAGUCCUCAGUUUGGCUCUAGAACAUCGUGUCUCUUCAGAAAAGGAACUGGACUUCAGAGAUCUGGAGGGUUCCUAUGGAGUAACCAAGAGCUUGGAAAAUAUCUAUUCCGAACCGGAAGGACAAGAAUGUGGACCUUCUAUAAAUCCUUUGCCAAAACCUCGUAGGACAUUCAGAUAUUUGUCUGAAUCUGGUGUUGUGCCAUGUAAAGAAAGAAACUGUGACAGAAAACACUGUGAAAAUAAUUCUUGUGCAGAGUCUUGUUUGGCCUCUUCUCAGGAACCUGAACCAAAGAAAUACGGAGGGAAAAUCAGAGGGAGAUCUAAAAGGAAAUCCUUUGAAUUUGAAGACAUUCAGCACUUCCGAAAUCGGAACACACAGAAGAUGCAUGAAGAACUUGGAAGGAAUUCUGGCUCAGCACUUUAUUACACACAGUCUGAGGACAAUAUCUACGAGGAUAUCAUAUAUCCCACCAAAGAAAAUCCAUAUGAAGAUAUUCCAUUGCAAUCUUUUCCCAUGUGGAGAUCCCCUUCAGCAUGGAAGCUUCCACCCCAUGGAAGUGCCUUCAAAACACCCAAGCUUCCUCCCAAACCUCACUUCCUUCAGCGGAAGACCAUGGAACUGAAGAACUCGCAAGCUUAUGUAAGGUCAAAGCUCACCAAGGACACCACUCUGCCCGUCACUUUAACUGAAUGGAAGCUCUUCCGAGCUGGAGAAGUUGCAAACAGGAAAAGAAAAAAUGUUCCAAGGCUUGUAUUGAAAAUAGAUGACAUAUUUGAAUCAAAGAGAGGGAAAAAGAGAGUAAAGUUACAUCCGUACACUGGAAAAGACAUGCCUCCUUCGAAAGGUGAAACCAGUGGGAACGAAAGUGAUGCGGAGUAUCUGCCAAAGAAUCGCCACAAGCGCUUAGCGCAGCUGCAGCAUUCUGCCAAGAGGAACCCCCACUACCAGACCUUAGAGCGCGACCUCAUUGAGCUGCAGGAGCAGCAGCUGUUUGAGCUCUUUGUGGUAGUGUCUCUACAGAAGAAGCCAUCAGACAUAAGCUACGUCCCCCAGGUCAUUCAGCAGUUCCCUGGCAAGGGUGAUCAUGGCUUUAAGCAAUCCAAAGACACUGAAGAGAGGCUCAAAGUUAUCCCCAAAUUUUGUUUUCCUGAUUCGAAGGACUGGGCUCCGACCUCAGAACUCAAGAGUGAGACGUUCUCCUUUGUCUUAACUGGUGAAGAUGGGAGCCGGUGGUUUGGUUACUGUAAGAAGCUUUUGCCAGAAGGCAAAGGAAAGCGACUGCCUGAGGUUUACUGCAUGGUCAGUCGCCUAGGCUGCUUCAACCUUUUCUCAAAGAUUUUGGACGAAGUAGAGAAGAGAAGAGAGAUGUCUACAGCUCUGGUUCACCCCUUCCUGCGGAGUGUCAUGGAAGCUCCUUUCCCAGCCCCUGGCCACACCAUCACCGUGAAGAGCUACCUCCCUGGGGCUGGAGACGGGUCGGUUGAACUCUGCCGGCCACUGGAUUCCCGGCUGGAACAUGUGGACUUUGAAUGUCUCUUUAAGUGCCUGAGUGUGUGUCAUCUUAUUCGGGUCUGUGCGUCUCUCCUUUUGGAGCGAAGGGUAAUCUUUGUGGCCAACAGCCUAAGCACCCUGUCAAAAUGUGGCCAUGCUGUGGUUGCCACACUGUAUCCAUUCACCUGGCAGCACACCUACAUCCCCGUCCUGCCAGCGUCCAUGAUCGACAUCGUGUGCUCGCCUACUCCGUUCCUCAUCGGCAUCCUGUCUUGCUCCUUACCGCAGCUCCAGGACCUGCCCAUUGAAGAGGUGCUGAUAGUUGAUCUCUGUGCUGACAAGUUCUUACAGGAGGUAUCUGACGAGGAUGAAAUUUUACCACCUAAACUCCAAGCUGCCCUAAUGCAGAUUUUGGAAGAACGAAAUGAAAUUUUGGCUCAGGAGCAGAAUUUCUCACAAGAGGUGACACUCAACUCUCUGGUGUCCGAAGCAUUUGUCAGGUUUUUCGUGGAGCUGGUGGGCCAUUACUCUCUGAACAUGACUGUCACUGAGCGUGGGGAGCGUGUAUUCCAACGGGAGCCCUUCCGUAAAUCUCACACCUCCCGCAGCGUUCGCCACUUCCUAGAUCACUUCAUGGAAACUCAGAUGUUCGCAGGAUUCAUCCAGGAUCGAGAGCUUCGGAAAAGUGGGGUGAAAGGUUUGUUUGAGGUCCGGGCCUUCCAGUAUUUGGAAACAAUUCCUGAGUCUGAACCCAGUGGGGUGAACAGAAUUUUGCGGAGUCUCGGAAGUAAAAUGAAAUUUCUGCAGAAGAAAUGA